AUGGAACAGUCUCGACUGCUUCGGAGCCAGAUUGACGACCUGAAGAUGGUGGCUCGUGAGCUUCGCGACAUCGUUCGCACGAAGGAGCAGACGCACGUCGCCGCCAUUGUCGAGCUCGAGAUCCAGCGGCGCGACAACGAGGCUCUUCGACUCGAGCUCGAGAACCAGCGCCGCGAAAACGGAGCUCUGCGCCUCGAGCUUGAGCGGAUCCAACGCGCCGCGAAGACAGACAACGUUGAGCGCGAGUUUUGA